CCCUUCCUGUACAGUCGCCUACCCACCCAGAGCCAAGAUGUCCAGCAAACGGGCCAAGGCCAAGACCACCAAGAAGCGGCCGCAGAGGGCCACUUCCAAUGUCUUCGCGAUGUUUGACCAGUCCCAGAUCCAGGAGUUUAAGGAAGCCUUCAACAUGAUCGACCAGAACCGCGAUGGCUUCAUCGACAAGGAGGACCUGCACGACAUGCUGGCCUCGCUGGGGAAGAACCCCACGGAUGAGUACCUGGAGGGCAUGAUGAGCGAGGCCCCCGGGCCCAUCAACUUCACCAUGUUCCUCACUAUGUUUGGGGAGAAGUUAAACGGCACGGACCCUGAGGACGUGAUCCGCAAUGCCUUCGCCUGCUUCGACGAGGAGGCCUCAGGUUUCAUCCACGAGGACCACCUGCGGGAGCUGCUCACCACCAUGGGCGACCGCUUCACAGACGAGGAGGUAGACGAGAUGUACCGUGAGGCACCCAUCGAUAAGAAAGGCAACUUCAACUACGUGGAGUUCACCCGCAUCCUCAAACACGGCGCCAAGGACAAGGAUGACUAAGCCACCGUGCCCUCCCCAGGCCCCGGGCUCUCCUCCGCACCUCCUCGCCUGUACCGUCCCCUUGCCUAGGGCCCCAGAAGACCUCUCAGGGAGGCCUUCCUUGGAGGGUCCCAAUGGAGGUGGGCCAGGCGAGAACACACAGCUUAAAGUGCUCCCUCCACCUGCAGGAGCCCAGAGGUCGCCCGCACAGCCUUGCAGGGACGCACCGGAAGGGCAGGACACAGGGCGGGGCUCCAGAAGGGGUCCAGGCUCCAUCUUUGGGCUGGCUGCCAUGGAGGGGGUCGGAUAGGGCCCUGUGUCCAGGCUUGAGAACCCUUCCCAGCCACUGCCACAAACACGAGCCUCACUCAGGACCCCUCCCCUACACCCUGCCAGCCACCACAGCCCACUUCACCUGGGUUGGUACUCGAAGAGAUGCUCUCACGCGGAGUGGGGUUUGUGCCACAAUAGAAGACUAAGCACUG